CCGGCUUGCCGUUCCUCUCCCUUUCUCUCAGCAUCUUCCUGGUAGCCUGCCUGUAGGUGAAGCAGCACCAGCAGCAUCCAUGGCCUGUCUUUUGGCUUAACACUUACCUCCUUUGGCUUCGGCAGCGGACGGAACAGACCUCAGCAGCGGCGUGGUGAGGACUUCGCUGGGACCUGGAAUCGUAUCCUCCUGUGUUUUUUCAGACUCCUUGGAAAUUAAGGAAUGCAAUUCUGCCACCAUGAUGGAAGGAUUGAAAAAACGUACAAGGAAGGCCUUUGGAAUACGGAAGAAAGAAAAGGACACUGAUUCUACAGGUUCACCAGAUAGAGAUGGAAUUAAGAAAAGCAAUGGGGCACCAAAUGGAUUUUAUGCGGAAAUUGAUUGGGAAAGAUAUAACUCACCUGAGCUGGAUGAAGAAGGCUAUAGCAUCAGACCCGAGGAACCCGGCUCUACCAAAGGAAAGCACUUUUAUUCUUCGAGUGAAUCGGAAGAGGAAGAAGAAUCACAUAAGAAAUUCAAUAUCAAGAUUAAACCAUUGCAAUCUAAAGACAUUCUUAAGAAUGCUGCAACUGUAGAUGAAUUGAAGGCAUCAAUAGGCAACAUCGCACUUUCCCCAUCACCAGUGAGGAAAAGUCCGAGGCGCAGCCCGGGUGCAAUUAAAAGGAACUUAUCCAGUGAAGAAGUGGCAAGACCCAGGCGUUCCACACCAACUCCAGAACUUAUAAGCAAAAAGCCUCCGGAUGACACUAUGGCCCUUGCUCCUCUCUUUGGCCCACCACUAGAAUCAGCUUUUGAUGAACAGAAGGCGGAAGUUCUUUUAGAUCAACCUGAGAUAUGGGGUUCAGGCCAACCAAUUAAUCCAAGCAUGGAGUCGCCAAAGUUAACAAGGCCUUUUCCCACUGGAACACCUCCACCACUGCCUCCAAAAAAUGUACCAGCUACCCCACCCCGAACAGGAUCCCCCUUAACAAUUGGACCAGGAAAUGACCAGUCAGCCACAGAGGUCAAAAUUGAAAAACUACCAUCCAUCAAUGACUUGGACAGCAUUUUUGGCCCAGUAUUGUCCCCCAAGUCUGUUGCUGUUAAUGCUGAAGAAAAGUGGGUCCAUUUUUCUGAUACAUCUCCGGAACAUGUGACUCCGGAGUUGACUCCAAGGGAAAAAGUGGUGUCCCCACCAGCUACACCAGACAACCCAGCUGACUCCCCAGCUCCAGGCCCUCCCGGCCACCCAGGUCCCACGGGCCCCCCAGGGCCUCCUGGGCCUCCUCGCAAUAUACCAUCGCCGCUCAAUUUAGAAGAAGUCCAGAAGAAAGUCGCUGAGCAGACCUUCAUUAAAGAUGAUUACUUAGAAACAAUCUCAUCUCCUAAAGAUUUUGGGUUGGGACAGAGAGCAACUCCACCUCCCCCACCACCACCCACCUACAGGACUGUGGUUUCGUCCCCCGGACCUGGCUCAGGCCCUGGUACAGGGACCACCAGUGGUGCAUCAUCCCCUGCUCGACCAGCCACUCCUUUGGUUCCUUGCAGCAGUACCACUCCACCUCCACCCCCUCCCCGGCCUCCAUCCCGACCAAAGCUACCUCCAGGAAAGCCUGGAGUUGGAGAUGUGUCCAGACCUUUUAGCCCUCCCAUUCAUUCUUCCAGCCCUCCUCCAAUAGCACCCUUAGCGCGGGCUGAAAGCACUUCUUCAAUAUCGUCAACCAAUUCCUUGAGCGCAGCCACUACUCCCACAGUUGUGUCAGAAGAUGAUGUUUUUUAUGACAAACUGCCCUCGUUUGAAAGGCGCUGUGAAACGCCUGCAGAGAAUGAACAGCCUUCCCUCGUUUGGUUUGACAGAGGAAAGUUUUAUUUGACUUUUGAAGGUUCUUCCAGGGGACCCAGCCCCCUAACCAUGGGAGCCCAGGACACUCUCCCUGUUGCAGCAGCAUUUACAGAAACAGUCAAUGCCUACUUCAAAGGAGCUGAUCCAAGCAAAUGUAUCGUUAAGAUUACUGGAGAAAUGGUGUUGUCCUUUCCUGCUGGCAUCACCAGACACUUUGCCAACAACCCAUCCCCAGCUGCUCUGACUUUUCGGGUGAUAAAUUUCAGCAGGUUAGAACAUGUCCUGCCAAACCCCCAACUUCUCUGCUGUGAUAAUACACAAAAUGAUGCCAAUACCAAGGAAUUCUGGGUAAACAUGCCAAAUUUGAUGACUCACCUCAAGAAAGUGUCUGAACAAAAACCCCAGGCUACAUAUUAUAACGUUGACAUGCUCAAAUAUCAGGUGUCUGCCCAGGGUAUUCAGUCCACGCCUCUGAACCUGGCAGUGAAUUGGCGAUGUGAGCCUGCAAGCACUGACCUGCGCAUAGAUUACAAAUACAACACAGAUGCAAUGACGACCGCCGUGGCCCUCAACAAUGUGCAGUUCCUGGUCCCCAUCGACGGAGGCGUAACCAAGCUCCAGGCAGUGCUCCCACCAGCAGUCUGGAAUGCUGAACAACAAAGAAUAUUGUGGAAGAUUCCUGAUAUCUCUCAGAAGUCCGAAAAUGGAGGGGUGGGUUCUUUGUUGGCAAGAUUUCAGUUAUCAGAAGGCCCAAGCAAACCUUCUCCAUUAGUUGUGCAGUUCACAAGUGAAGGAAGCACCCUUUCUGGCUGUGACAUUGAACUUGUUGGAGCAGGGUAUCGAUUUUCACUCAUCAAGAAAAGGUUUGCUGCAGGAAAAUACUUGGCAGAUAACUAAUAAAAUCUCAUGCAAGGAUUUGGAAGAUUCAUGUAAUGGAGAACUGAUAUAUGAGAAACAGGUUUUAAUUUGGGUUUAAUGAAAAGAAACCAAUAUCUGCACUUGGGACACAGCAGGUGGAAAGUCAAUGACUUUCAGCUGUGAUUUCCCUCACACAAUACCCUGAUGACCAGUCCUACAGUAUUUACUUCUAGGUGUAAUAUUGUUAAUGGUUUUAAAAUGUAAUUAUUGUAUUUGUAAAUUGUACUCUCAUUCCAGUAAGACAGUUAGACACUUGAGUUUUAGCAUUUUACCAUUCCUGAAAUGGAUGUAAUUUAAACUGUGGUAUGUAAAUUUAAUAGUAGUAUUGUUGAAUGGCACAAUGCUUACAGAGGUAGAUUGCAUUUUGUCAAUAUAUAAAAUUUAAAUAUAAUAUUGAUAGCUGUCAUAAAGGGGGUGCCACAUAUUAAAGAAACUUAAGUGGAACCAGAAGAAAAAGAAACAAACUUACUUUUCUUCAAUCCUUAGUAUGUUUUACUCUAGUGCUAAAUAUAAAUUCUAUCUUCAAAUGUUUAGUGGGUUAAAUUGAGAAACUAUUUCAGAAAAAAAAAUUCUAAGGUUACAGCAUAUUCAAAAAAAAGCAUUAGUUACCACUUUUUAAAGAGCUUUUUUUUCAAACUGCAAAUUUCAUAAAAAUGCAAACUGUGUAAACAGGGCCUCUUAUUUUUAUAACUUGUGUAAAAAGGGAAAGCAAUUCAUAUUUAAAGUUUAAGUAUAUUAAAUUAUAAUCAAGAGUAAAGAAGAUGUUGAAGUCUUAACUACUUGCCCCUCUCUACAGUUUAGCAAAUGUGGAGAUUGCUGAAUAAUCAGAUGAAAAUCAAAAUUGUGGUUUUAAGAUUUCAAGGCUUUCCAUAGUUGAACUGGUUAACAACUUUUGCUCAAUUACUCUGAAUAGAUGGUCUUACUCAUCCAGUAUGGAGGAAUGAUAUCUUGCAUCUUCCUCUUUACCCACAGGAACCAAAACACUGAGACUGAGAAUUUAAAAAAAAAAAAAAAAAAAGUCCCCUCUUUUAAUCCAGGAGAGUUUUAAUCAUUGUUUAUGUCAUUUGAGAAUGGAAAAAUAAACUUUAUAAAUGAAAUUCUAUUCACAUUACUGUGUGAUAAAUUUCCUUUUGGAUGAUUAGGAUUCUUGUAUAAAACUAAAUAUUUGGCGUUCUCAGAGAAUCAAGAGGAGAGUUAUCUAAAAUGUAUGUCAUUUCAUGGUUGCAAGGUAUAAUAAAAACUGCUAUUAUUCAAUCUGGUCCCACGACAUGAACAUUUAGAAAGACGAACUUCUUCAGGAAUGUCGGUUGUAAAACCUUCCCUCAUUAAGCUCUGAAAAUGAUAGUCUUCCUUUAAGUCAUAGGACUUAUUUAAACAUAAACCAAUUUCUAUUAUAGGUUAUGCUGUUAAAUAACUAUAAUUAUUAAGUUAUUAUUUUAAAAUUAGUUGUUAACUUUCAUUUUAUAUCCACUCAAAUUUAACAAAGAAUCUUUAGCCCCUUUACAUUUUAGAAUCAAAUUAAAUUUUUAAAGUCUUACUUCUAAAAUGAGAUUGUGACUGGCAGUUGUUUAUAGUGAAACUUUUUAAAUUAAUCUUUGUACUCCUCUAUGAGUGCUUGCUACCAAGAGAAUGUUCAAAAUGAUUUGUUUUACCUUGGAAAAAUUCUUCCUAUUCAACAAACUCUCCGUUGGCUCCCUAAAGCAGUCUGGUGUUGAAGCUUCUUUGAACGAACGAAUUAAUAUACUCCUUUUAUGUAAAGGUAUCCAAUUUGAUUUUGAAACCAAAAUAGAAAAUGCAAGAUUUUAAAUUCCGUGAAACAUGGAAUUUAUGAUGCUAAAACCAAUGGAGAGUAAGCAGCAGAAAAUUGAGAAUUAUCCAGCAUAUGAAUAUAACAAUGUGUUUUUAAGUAAUCAAUUCAUUUAAAAAUUGAAUAUUAAUAUGAAGCAUAUUAAAAAUGUGUACAUAUUA